AUGGCCGCAGCAGUACAAGCAGUUCUCUCAUCGCUUCAGACCAGUAACCCAAGCAUUCAGCUUCAUACUGCCGACUCUCCUGAGUAUGACGCUUUACGAAAGUCGUUCAUCUUAACCCCUGCACGUCCCACGGCAAUCGCACGACCUAAGAAUGCGGACGAAGUUGCUGCCCUGGUUAGAGCAUGUAAGGAGAAUCAAGCUGAUUUCACUAUCCGGACCGGCGGUCAUAGUUGUGCUGGCGAAACACUGAUCGAUAACUCCCUUGUCAUUGACAUGCGCGAUAUUGCAUAUGUGGAGGUCAGUGAUGACAAGAAAUCUGCCAAGAUUGGAGGAGGUAUCCAGGUGGGCGGACUCUUGAAGACUCUGGGCGAGCAUGGCCUCGUCACCCCAUGGUUUGUGAACCACGAAUUCUCCGGCUUUGUUAUCGGUUACGUCGGAUGGAGUACUCUCGGAGGGUACGGGCCAUUUUUGAGCCUGUAUGGGUUCGGUGCGGAUCAGAUCCUCGGAGCCAAGCUGGUCAGAAACAACGGUGAAGUCUUUGAGGCAGAAGAUGACUUGCUCAAGGGGAUCCGAGGAGCCGGUCCAGUGUUUGGACCGAUUGUUGAAUUGACCAUCAAGGUUUAUCCGCUCAAAGAGAUGCUUUCUGGAACCAUCAUCUUUGAGUCCAGCGACAUGAAUUCGACCUGGUCAACUUUGAGUGAAAAGGUCCAAAAUCUUGCCCUGCCAAGUCCUGGGCAACUCCAGUUUCUCGCCAUGGAGUUCCCCGGUGUUGGUAAAGUAACCGGCAUGCUUUUUACUUGGGUCUCGGAUGAUCAUGACGAGGGUCGUAAGUGGUUUGACAAGAUUGCCAGCCUUGCACCCAACAUCAUGAAAAUGGUAGAAUCCAAAACGGCUUUGAAAAUGGCCGAGGAUAACAACCAGCUGGUCACAUACGGCGUUUAUGGCCGAUCGUACACGAUCAGCCUUAAGAAGUGGACGCCGGAAGUCGCGGCGGUCCUGGGUAAGCAUAACGCCACUGUGCCGUAUACAAGCUGCAUGAUUUGCGUGCACAGUCUACGUGCGGACAGCGGGUACAAGGAGUCUGUUUUCGCGUCUCGGGAGGCUCAUCAUAUGGUUGAAAUUAUAGCCAUGACUACCGAUGCAGAGCAGACUGAAAGCGCGCUGGCAUGGGGCCAGCAAGUCCGUCAGGAACUACGCGAGACUGAUCAGGCAAAUAUCCUCAGCAGUUCAUAUAUAUCACUGGAAGGAUUUAAGGGUACUGAUUUGGAAAAGGUUUAUAAGGAACAUCUUCCAACCUUGGUCGAUCUGAAGCGGAAGUAUGAUGCCGAAAAUCUGUUCCGAAACGGAGUGCCAAGGAUCAUAUAA